AUGCUUGGGAUCAGUGCCGGGUUUCUGUGGACUGGAGCUGGAUUCAUCCAGUUUGCCUACGCUGAUGAAGACAGCAAAGCAAUGUAUAUCACCGUACAAUGGGUCCUGACAUCCCUCGGUGGCACGGUUGGAGCUUUCAUCUCCUUUGGGGCCAAUUUCCACCAGACCGAAGCCACUGGCGUUUCGAAUGCGGUCUACGCUGUCUUCAUUGUCAUCAUGUGUCUAGCAAUGGUGGUGGCGGCAUUUGGCUUGAAAGACCCCGAAGACAUUGUGCGGGACGAUGGCACUCACCUGGCCGUCUUUCAUCCCACCGAUUUCUGGACCGAAGUCAAAGGAGUCGGCGCCUGCUUCACGGAACUGAGAAUCCUUAUUAUCCUUCCGGGCAUCUUCUGUGCCGAGAUUGUUCUUGUUCUGAUGAGCAGCAUCAAUGGCUACUAUUUUGACCUGCGGACUCGAUCUCUUGCCAACAUCAUCUUUGAGAUGAUCAUGAUCCCCGCCCCCCUGGCACUAGCCUGGGCCAUGGACAACAAAUAUAUGACGAGGCGCAGGACUCGAGGCAUGCUUGGAGUGGCCAUCAUGGCUGUCAUCACCUUGGCCACCUACGCCGGCGUCAUUGGCUGGCUGGUCCGCAACGACGUUGACCGGAGUCAACCUCCUCCAGCUGUCGAUUGGAGCAUGUCCAGCUUCGCGUCUGGAUUUGUCUUGUAUAUCCUUAGCGGCAUAAUAUACUCGGGCUUUCAAAUCUGCGGGCAGUGGACGCUGUCCGCCUUGUCCAAUGACCCAUACAAGUGCGCCCGCUACGCUGGCCUCUUCAAGGGCACAACCAGCCUAGGUCUGAUGGCUGCAUUUUUGAUGGAUUCCAAGAAUGUCUCUUAUCUAGACCAGGCUAUCGUUCACCUGGUCCUCUACGCUGUCGGGGUGAUCUCGCUGGUGAGUGUGACCUGGUUUUGUGUCCGGGACACCAAUUAUUUUCUCGAACCCGACGUGAUUGCACCGCAACAUAUCACAGAAGAGGCGUGCGUGCAUGGCGUCAUAACCCAAGACGAAGUGAGCGAGGAGAAGAACAAGCAGAGGGUUAGGGAUGGGAAAAGGCCAGAUUCCGGGGAGCAAGGGCUGCAGCCAGUGGUUGCUGAAAUCGGUACAGACAAGGCGGCCUAA